GACACUCAGUCGGCCCGAAAAGGCGACUUGAGGGACACGCUCAAGGAGAAUAGAGGGGAGUCCACAUCGACCUCCAAGGUCGGUUCUGAGGAGCGACGGACGACCGUCGGGGAUAAGGGUGCUGCUGAGCUGUGGAAAAUGUUCGAACAACUGGAGAAGCGGCUGGACGCCCAAAACCCUUAUCGCGAAGCGGUCUUCAGUGAGGCUUGUGAGUGGUUCCACAAGUUACCCAAGGGGUCGAUAGAUAAGUGGAGCGACCUGGCCCACAAGUUCUUGGAGCACUUCGCAUCCAGCCGAAGGCAGAAGCUCCCCUUCUCGCAUCUGCUCAAUGUGAGGAUCCGGAAGGGGGAACAGCUCCGGGAAUUUAUCAAUAGGUGGGAGAAGGAGGCUAGGGACGUCCAAGGGGCGGACGACCAGGCCCAGAUCGCUAUGCUCCAAGCUGCACUCCCUCAAGGGGAUGUGCGCAAGGAGCUGCGUCGGAAUCCUCUCUCAACCUACCAAGAGAUGUUGGCCAGGGCGAAGUACUUGGCAUUAGAAGAAGAAGAUGAUGAGCCACCAGUCCGGAAGGAGAAGAAAAACGGGCCACCGGUGGCAGAAGGGAAGAAAAGAAAGGACUAUGGAAAGGGGCCAAACCCCACCGGGUAUCAUGUGAACAGGCAUCCUGUUCAUGCGGUACAGUCGUUACCUGCUCCCCCUCACAGUCGGGAAAGCUAUGGUGUGCAGGAUGCACCCAAAUAUUGUGAGUACCACCGUAACAGCACCCACAAUACGUCGGAGUGCGUUACGUUGAAGAAGGAGAUGGACCAGCUGAUCGCUAGAGGGCCACCUCCUCGGACGGAACGACCAUCCUCAGGUACCCGGACCUGGAGGAGGCCUCCAGCCCCUACAGCAGCGAUCACAGCAGGAGAGGGGCAAGAAGAUGGACGGCGGCACCUAGGACGAGAUUGUGACGACUUAGAUGAAGAGGAAAGGCAAGGUCGCCGACACCUGGGGUGUCGGUUCAUCAUGGGGGGAAAAACGGGAGGAGAUUCAGUGUCCUCCCGGAAGAAAUGGAAGAACAUGGUGUACCUGGCCGAGGUACAGAGGCCGCCGCUGCCUAAGCGGAAGAAGAAGGAACCAUUGAUUUUCAUAGAUGAGGAUUAUCCCCCAGUCCUCGGCCCUCAUAGGGAUGCUCUGGUGAUAAAGGUGGAGAUCAAUAAUGUGGUUGUUCAUCGAACUUUGGUCGAUACGGGUAGCUCGGUCAACGUUAUGUACAGCAACACCUUUAAGGAGUUGGGGUUGUCCCGAAACGACCUGAAACCAAUCCAUACACCGUUAUCGGGGUUCACAGGGGAUACCAUUGAGGCUGAAGGAACUAUCACAGUGAAGGCUGGGGUAGGAGAUGGCACCCACCGGCUCUGGAUCGACAUGGAAUUUAUGGUAGUGCAGCUCGACUGUGCACACCAUUUCAUCCUGGGGCGACCAGGGUUGGAGGAUCUAGAGUGCGUGAUCUCCCCCGCACACCUAUGCCUAAAAUUCAACACUCCCUCAGGAGUGGGGGUGGCCAAGGGGAACCAAAGCCUGUCACGGUCGUGCUAUGUCAGGGCGACCAAGAGCCAAGCCCGGGUCGACAAGAAUGCAAGUACGAUCUGCGCUGCAAUCCAGAAGGAGGAGGGGCGCCCGCGGGCUGAGCCGGUGGAGGAGGUCGAGGAAAUUUCUUUGGACCCGGUCGAGCCAGAGCGGAAGGUGAAGGUAGGAAAAACCUUACCGCUUGAAUUAAAAGAACAGUUAUUGGAGGUCCUCCGAGCAUUCAAAGUGCUAUUCGCUUGGGGGCCAGAGGAUAUGCCAGGGGUCGACCCAAAGAUCAUCUGCCAUAGAUUGGCAGUAGAUCCGACCCACAAGCCGGUCAAACAGAAGAAGCGUUUCCUUUCCUCAGAACGGAGAGAGUUUGUCACCAAGCAAGUGACCACCCUGCAAUCCAUUGUGCACAUCCGGGAAGUCCGUUACCCGGAAUGGCUUGCAAACAUUCCUAUUGGAACACUUCUUCGAAGCCCAAAUGCCCCAUCACGGGUCAGCAAGUGGGGGGUGUUCCUGGGGUCUUUCCAGAUAGAGUUCAAGCCGCGACCGGCGAUAAAGGGGCAAGCAUUAGCAGAUUUCGUGGUAGAAUGCACCGCAAGAGAAGUAGGACCUAGCGGAGAGGAACCCGAAGGAAGUUGGUGGACUGUGUACACCGAUGGAUCGUCCGCCACUGAUGCUUCGGGGGGAGGAGUCGUGGCGAUAUCACCAGAAGGGUUCAAAGCUUACUACUCUGUGAGGUUCCGAUUUAAAGUCUCGAACAAUGAGGCCGAGUACGAGGCAUUACUUUGUGGCUUAAGGUUGGCAGCCUCAUUAAGAGCUGAACGGAUCCAAGUCCGGUGUGAUUCUAAGCUCGUAGUAGGCCACGUCACUGGAGAGUUUGAGGCUAAGGAUGAACGAAUGAAGAAGUAUAGAGACACUGCCCUGGAGUUGCUUAAAGCAUUUGGGGCGUACCGGAUAGAGCAGGUCCCUUGGGAAGAGAACGCUGAGGCAGAUAUCUUGUCGAAACUUGGUCCGGAUUCCCCGGAUCAUAUUAAGGCAAUGACCCAAGAAGAAGAGUUGCUCGAACCAAGCAUCAGUCCCGGCCAAGUGCUGAUCAUCGCACUCAAAGAAGAGCCGGAUUGGAUUGAUCAAAUUACCAUGUACAUCCUUGACGGGUCGCUACCUGCCGACCCAAUCGCGGCAAAGGUGGUGAAGCGACGUGCACCCGGCUAUACGCUGGAGUGCGAUCGUCUGUACAAGCGAUCGUAUAAUGGUACAUUGUUGAGGUGCUUAAGAGCGGGCGAGGCACAGAAGUUAAUGGAGGAAAUCCAUGAGGGAAUAUGCUCAGCACAUCAGGGAGCCUUCACGAUGUCCAGGAAGGUAACCCUACAAGGAUACUUUUGGCCAACGAUUAUUAGAGACUGUGCAGAGUAUGUGCGCAAAUGCAAGGUUUGCCAGGAGUUCCAGAGGGUGCCGGGGCGACCGGCGACGAAUUACACCCCGAUAAGUACGGCGAUUCCCUUUGCUCGUUGGGGCAUCGAUCUGGUCGGCAUUUUGCCUCGGGGGACAGGGAACAACACGUACCUGGUGGUCGCGAUCGACUACUUCACCAAGAAGACCCAAAAAGAGUUUCUGGGAGGCGCGAACAACUUCUGUGUGAAUUAUAUGCCAGAAAGUCCUGAAGAAGAAACCGUUGUAUCCAUCCGGGCCUGGGGCGCUGUUUGCAUUGAGUUCCCAAAUAGCUAUUUUGACCUCCUCCUCUUGUGGUACAGCACAGAGCAUUUGGUUGUCAUCAUUUAUGAUUGUGGUGGGGAUGUAGGAGAAGAUCUCAUCCUCAAUGGAUAUGGGUUCUGCUGUAUAAAUUUUGGAGAAGUAGGAUAUUGCAUGGGUGGCAAUGCUGUUGAUGUUCUCAAUGGUCCUGCCUUCAUCAUCUUUGAUGCUAGAGAUCCUUAGUUUAUUGCGCCUGUUUUUAACCACAUUAUGGAAAAAUUUGGUGUUAGCAUCACCCUCUUUAAUCUAUUUGAGCCCCGCCUUCUAUUUCCAAAAAUCUGUUUCCCUCUUGGAUUGUAGGAUUAGCUUUGCAUUUGCUUUGUUGAACUCUACCAAAUUAUCUGGGUUGCUGUUUUGUUCGAAUUUGUCCAGAGCUGAUUUUUCUCUAUAUUCUGCUUCCCUAAGGUUUUGGAAAACAUUCCCAAAGAUAUCCUUAUUCCAAGUGCGAAGAGUUUUCCUCAACUCCUUUAGUUUAGCAGACAGCCCCUUCAUGCCAUUGUACGUCUUAUUGCUUUCCCAAAAUGAAGCAAUGGUACUUUC